AUGUCGCCAAAGAAGCGAUCCGCACCGGCGGCGGUUGCUGCGUCGCCUGAAGUGGCGGACGAACCAACAACGUCUACUCCAGUGCAGGAUGCCAUGGGAGCCCUGGAAUCAUUCUUUCCCAUCACAUCGCCCUUCCCCGACCCAGCGACCGACGACACGCUCAUACCCGCAGCCGACGUGAUGCUCGAGCAAGAGCUCCUUCGCAACCCAGAUAACUUUCGUUCGUGGACUUCUUACAUCGACCACAUCGUCGACACCAACGUGGUCAAGCGACCACCUCCAGAUGCUUCGCUCAGUGCAUUUCAAGCUUCCCUCCUCGGUCCACUGGCAAGCAGCACACAGCGGGUAGCAUUGCGGCGCAUCACUAGCAUCUACGAACGCGCACUUGCCCAGUUCCCCACACGCUACUCUCUCUGGCGCGACUAUCUACAAAAUCGCUCUCGCUUUGUACUUGGAGAGCCAAAAGGCGGCUUCGAAGCCAAGCGCAAACGUGAUCUGCAGGCUGCCCGCGAAAAGCUCGAUUUCGGACCCACACUGAUCGAUUCGCCAGAUGACGAGGAUUUCGGCGCAACCUACAAGGGUGGCCUCGACGGCACCGUCGGCUGGCAAGAGUGGAAGAGCUUGGCAGCACUUUACGAGCGCGCGCUUAUGUGGCUCCCCACCAUGCCACGUCUGUGGCUCGGCUAUCUGUCCAUGUUCAUUCAUCCACAGUGCCCGCCCACGCUUUCGUAUACGCAUGCGCGACGCACCUUUGAUCGUGCGCUACGAACCUUGCCUGGAUCUUUGCAUCUCAGGAUAUGGAAGAUCUACCUCAAGUGGGCAGAGCGUCGAGGCGGAGAAACAUGUCUAAGGGUCUGGAGACGCUACCUUCGAGUCGACCCGUCGCUCACAGAGCGGUACGUGUCGAUUCUUCUUGCGCAAAAGCAUGACCAAGAAGAGGACGAGGAGGAGGCAGAAGGAGAGCAAGACGAGGUGGAGCAGGAGGGUGCGUCGUCUCAGCCACAGCGUAAAGCAGCUGGCUCCAAAGCUCUUGAAGCGUCAAAGCUUCUCCUCGGGCUUGCCCGAGGCGCCAUGGACGGAUCCUACGUCAGUCCAGAAGGCAAAAGCCCAUACCAGCUCUUCAUCGAAUGGCUCGAACUCACCGAAAAGUAUCCAGAGGAGAUCGGUUUGGACCCGGAAGAAGAGAAGCAGGUCUUGCUGAUUGCAGCAGGAACGGCAGCAAACGGCAGGGCAAGCGGCCACCAAUCCACGAAACGCGAUCAGGGGAAAGCGACUGCAGCUGCAUCUCGGGAACAGGCAAAGGGCUCGUCAUCCAAGCAAUCCGAGACCGAUCCUCUUGACCCCACUCGCCUCAACGUCACAUCCAUCAUCCAGAACGAUGGACUGGACAAGUUCACAGACCAGUCCGGAAGGCUUUGGACCGGCUUGGCGACGUACUGGAUCAAGCGAGGCGAGUUCGAGGUGGCACGCGAUACUUUCGAGGCUGGAAUGAAGGCAGUCAAGACAGUCCGAGACUUUACGCAGAUCUUUGACGCCUACGCUGAAACGAGCGAAAAUGUGAUUGCGUUCAUGAUGGACGAGCUGGCCGAAGACGCGGACGAAGAGGACGAAGAACAGACAAAGGAGCAAAAGGAAGCCGAGCUCGAUCGCCGGAUGCAAGAAUUUGAGGAGCUCAUGGAGCGUCGGCCUUUUCUGGUCAACGACGUGCUGCUGCGACGCAACCCGGACGAUGUGCAGGAAUGGGAAAAGCGCGUGGUGCUGUACGGUGACAACGACGAAAAGAUCAUUCAGACGUACCGCGAGGCGAUCCAGAAGAUCAACCCACGCAAAGCCACGGCCAACUUCCAUCAGAUGUUCCUCAACUUUGCCCAGUUUUACGAGUACGGAGGAUCGGCAGGGCUGGCCAAGCUGUCUACGGAUGGCGAUGGGCGCGAUGACAUAGAGCAGGAACGGGAGGCAGCAGAGGGGGAUCUCGAGUCGGCGCGCAAGAUCUUUGAAAAGGCGGUCACGAUUCCGUUCCGUCGAGUCGACGAUCUGGCCGAGAUCUGGUGCGAGUGGGCUGAGAUGGAGUUGAGGCAUUCCAACUACGACGAAGCGAUUCGCACCAUGGCGCGCAGUGUGGCCCCGCCUCGCAACACCAAGGGCAUCCAAUAUCACGACGACUCGCUGCCACCACAGACUCGACUAUUCAAGUCGCUCAAGCUGUGGAGCUUCUACGUAGACCUGGAAGAGUCGCUGGGAGACGUAGAGAGCACCAAGCGUGUCUACGAAAAGAUGCUCGAGCUCAAGAUUGCCAACGCACAGAUCAUCAUCAACUAUGCGGCGUUUCUGGAGGACAACAAGUAUUUCGAAGAGAGCUUCAAGGUGUACGAACGCGGUGUCGAACUGUUCACGUAUCCAGUGGCGUUUGAGAUUUGGAACGUGUACCUCAGCAAGUUCGUCAAGCGGUACGGCGGUGCCAAGCUGGAACGUGCUCGCGAUCUGUUCGAGCAGGCAUUGGACAAGUGCCCUGCGCGGUUCUGCAAGCCGCUCAUGCUCAUGUAUGGGCAACUCGAAGAAGAGCACGGACUGGCCAAGCGGGCGAUGAAGAUCUACGACCGAGCUACUCGAGCCGUGGCGACCGACGACCGCUUCGAUAUGUUUGUGUUCUACCUGGCCAAAGCUGCGGCCAACUUUGGGCUCGCAGCGACGAGGCCCAUCUACGAACGGGCGAUCGAGGCGCUGCCGGAUCGACAGACGGCCGACAUGUGCCUGCGCUUCGCCGAAUUGGAACGUAAGCUGGGCGAGAUCGACCGGGCGCGCGCCAUUUAUGCGCACGCGUCGCAGUUCUGCGAUCCACGCACACAGACCGAGUUCUGGAAGCAGUGGAACCAGUUUGAGAUCGAGACAGGCUCGGAGGAUACGUUCCGCGAGAUGCUGCGGAUCAAGCGGUCGGUGCAGGCGCAGUUCAACACAGAUGUGUCGUACAUUGCCGCGUCGGCGCUCGCCUCUGCGCAACGCAGUCAGGCUCAAUCAGCCGGCGGCGAGUCCGGCCGUAGCAAUGGCGUCGACAAGGAUGCAAACGAUCCGAUGGCCAAAGUGGAAGCGGCAUCGAAACCGGCGGGAGCGCGUCAGACGGCGUUUGUUGCUGCCAGUACUGCAGCCAGUGGAGCUCGCGCUACCGACGCAGCCGCCAACGAAGGUGGAAAUGAGCACAAGAACGAUGAAGUGGUCGGUGGUGACGACCAAGACGACGACGAUCUGCUCUAG